AAAGAAGAGACUGAACUGCAGCCUGUCCACAUUGAAGAAGAGGAGACUGAACUGGAGCCUGUCCACAUUAAAGAGGAGUCUAUAGACUUGUUUAAGGAUUCAGAAAACCUAUCCCGACCAAAGAUAUUGCAUCAAUGUACUGAAUGUAAGAAGAGCUUCAGUCGGUUAGGACACCUAAAAAGACACCAACAAAUUCACACUGGAGAGAAGCAGCAUCACUGUUCUGAAUGUGGGGAGAGCUUCAGACAGUCAGACACCCUAAAAAAACACCAGCGAAUUCACACUGGAGAGAAGCCAUAUCCCUGUACAGAAUGUGGGAGGCGCUUCAUUGAAUCAGGACACCUAAAAACACACCAACGAAUUCACACUGGAGAAAAGCCGUAUCACUGUAAUGAAUGUGGGAGGAGCUUCAUUGAAUCAGGACACCUAAAAACACACCAACGAAUUCACACUGGAGAGAAGCCGUAUCACUGUAACGAAUGUGGGAGGAACUUCAUUGAAUCGGGACACCUAAAAACACACCAACGAAUUCACACUGGAGAGAAGCCAUAUCACUGUAAUGAAUGUGGGAGGAGCUUCAUUGAAUCAGGACACCUAAAAAGACACCAGCGAAUUCACACUGGAGAGAAGCCAUAUCACUGUUCUGAAUGUUGGAAGAGCUUCACACAGUCAGAUGCCCUAAAAAGACACCAGCGAAUUCACACUGGAGAGAAGCCAUAUCACUGUUUUGAAUGUUGGAAGAGCUUCAGACAGUCGGACACCCUAAAAAAACACCAGCGAAUUCACACUGGAGAGAAGCCAUAUCACUGUACUGAAUGUUGGAAGAGCUUCAGACAGUCAGACAUCCUAAAAAGACACCAGAGAAUGCACACUGGAGAGAGACCGUAUCACUGUACAGAAUGUGGGAGGAGCUUCAUUGAAUCAGGACACCUAAAAAAACACCAGCGAAUUCACACUGGAGCCAGCCUCCCACCCUCCCAACCCCUCACCUCUCCACCCUGCUUGUUUGAGUGUGUGGAGAACUGACUUAUUCCUCUCUCUCUCUCUCUCUCACCCUAAAGUAAAUGAGGGAGGGCAGGAGGGAGUGGCAGCCUGAAUCCAGUAACACUGAGAAGGGGAGCAUGUCAAACUGGAGACAGACCCAUUCUUUCAGAAUGAAGUGGAGAGCCCUUGGAUUCAUCUCCUGCCCCUGAAUUGGAAAUUAAUCUCACUCAUCAUGGUUGUAGAUUUAGGACAGAGUUUACAGGGUCAUUCUACGUGAUGGGGCAUGUUAGAAAUAUAUGCCUUAUAUGUGUGAUACGAACCCAACACAUUAAACAAAGCUGCCAAUAACUAAUAUGAUAUUUGUAAAAUGCAAUUUGAGCUAUAAAUGGCAUUGCUGUCCCAGUGGCGGUGCAUACAGUAAACGAUAUAGAAGUUUUCAUGGUUGUGGCAGAAUUGUGUGAUUCAUCUAACUAGAACGGCCUUGAAGCUAUUGCACCAGAGCAAACACAAGCUGAAACAACCUUGUGUUUUUUAAUGAUUUGUUUAAUUUCAAGUAGUGCAAACCUUACACUGGAGCAAAUGCUCUUUUGGUUU